AUGGAUGUGUUCUGGACAGUGGUUGUGUGUUUGGGAGUUGUGUGUUCUGCCGUCCCCGGUUCGACUCAGGAUUCAUCCAAGACAUUGUUUCUGGUCUCGGGUCCAGAGACGUUGCAUGGUGGGACACCCACUCCUCUUGCUGUCACCGUCCUUACUGACUUCCCUGGAAGAGUGAUGGUUGAAGCAGCGCAUGGCGAUAUCAAAGUAGCCCAAACGGAGGACUUCAUAGGAGGUUUGACCACGGUCGUCACGCUCCCUCCUAUUCUUGGAUCCAUAGCCCAGGAUUCCCUCUUUAACUUGACAGUGAAGGGCUACAAGGGAGACAGUCUCAUUUUCUCCAACACGACCACCGUCAGUUUCAGCCCCAGGAAUGUCUCCACCUUCAUUCAAACCGACAGAUCAAGCUACCAACCAGGUGACACCGUCAAAAUCAGAAUUGUGUCUGUUCAGCUGGAUAACCAUCCAUACAAAGGCAGAGUGGAUAUUUCUGCACAGGAUCCCACUGGGAAAGUUGUCAACAGUUGGGAGUCCACAGGAACUCUGGGGAUUGUGUUGCAGGAUUUCAUUUUAUCCCAGACAGUUCUCCUUGGACAGUGGUCAAUCAAAACCACAGUGAAUGGCAUCAGUUAUGAGAGAGCAUUCAUUGUGGAGCAUCAUGAGCGUCCUCCCUUUGAAGUGCUGCUGAAGACACCUCCACAUGUCCUCGUUGGUGAUGGCAUCUCAGGAUCAGUAAGAGCUCUUUACUCUAGUGGACAACCUGUACAGGGAACACUAACUGUCUCAGUCCGUGUGGCAGCCUUAGCACCAUUAGUACAUACACAAACUAAAGAGAUCUAUGGGUCAACACAGUUCUUCUUCAGCAAAGAUCUGUUUCAAGCCAUUUACACUUCAGGAAUCAGCAGUGAUGGCCAGUCAUAUAUUACAGCCAGCAUUACUGACAUCUCCACAGGACUUAAAGUGAACAAAACAGUUGAAGUCCGUUUUAUGAAGAACACAUUCGUCCUUGCCUUCCACGAUUUUCCACCUACACUAAAACCAUCUUUACACUUCUUUUCAAAACUAAGGAUCUCUAGAUAUGACAGAAAGCCACUCAGCUCAGAGGAUCUGAAGCAGUCUGCUGUGAUUGAAGUCACUCAGAGAACAUGGAGAACAUCCAUGAUGAACACCGAAUCCAAAACUCUGACAUUUCCAGUGCCUGAGGACGGGAAUGUCCACAUUAAGUUUCAAUUACAGGAUCAAGUAGUGACACUUUCUAUUCUGGCAAAAUUUCAAUCCAGUGAGGAGACUCUGACGGUCUACAACUACACCUCUCCUACAGGCGCAUAUAUUCAGAUCUCCCCAAUCAACACCUUACCUGCACAGGUUGGAUUGCCUCUUCAACUAGAUGUGGAGAGUACUUUUCAACUGACUAAGCUUCACUUUGUGGUGCGCUCUAGAGGUCAAGUGGUGGCGGCUGGGACAAAGACGUCAUCCUCCUUUUCUCUAACACCAACAGUGUCCUGGUCUCCCGAGGCCUGUGUCACUGUCUACUGCAUUUUUUCUGAUGGAGAGGUCACCACGGACACAGCGCGCAUACCUAUCAACCAACACAACUAUGUAUCUCUAAACUGGAGCAGUGACAAAGCCCAGCCAGGUGAGCAGGUUUCGCUCACUGUGACUGCUCUUGAACCCAGGUCACAGGUAGCAAUCAUGGUUUUGGGGACGCAUGGUGACAUUGUGCAGACUGACCUCGACUUAACAGUGGAGCAGGAAUGUAAUAUAGGGAUGCUGACCAAUGCCAGACUUUUUAUAAGAAAUCAAAAGCAGCCCGAUGGACCUAAAAAUGAAAAAGAUUCCUUAAUGUUAAAGAAAUACUGGAGCCACCUGAUGGAAGCCACAGAAUCCUUGCUGUGGUUAGACACUAAUGUAGGUAAUCACACUUGGACAAGUGAGAAGAUAACAGUGCCAGAUGGUGUUAUUUCUUUGAGAGCUGUUGCACUGGUGAUGUCAGACAAUCUGGGUUUGGGCUUCACUCCUAUGCCACAAAAGUUGAGUGUAUCCAAAGAUUUUUCCUUGUCUCUGGAUGUCCCAUCACACCUUAUCAGAGGAGAGGAGAUUGUGUUGGAGGUGAAAAUCAUCAACCAUUUAGAGCACGACAUAGAGGUCAUCCUGCUGCUAGCACAGAGUGAGGCCUUCGAGUUUGUUUUGGCAGACAGAGGGGAUGUCUCUGUGGUAAAUGCCCAAAAGUUCACCUUAGGGAGUCAUGUGUCUGCUUCAGCACUGUUCCCUAUAAGGCCUGUUGCUCUGGGCAUGAUGGAAAUAUCUGUGGACGCUGUAUCUGCGGAGGCAUCAGACAGCCUUGUUUGGAGAGUGCUUGUGAAGCCUCAGGGCGUUGAACAGUUCCACUCAGAGACUCUGUUCCUGGAGCUGGCACCAGUGAAAUACAACCAUUCCAGAUCCAUCUCCUUCUCCUUUCCACCAGAUGUGGUACCCGGUAGCCAGAGGGCCCAUGUGGCAUUGGUUGGUGAUAUCUUGGCCUUGUCCAUGAACAAACUGGAUUCACUGGUUCAGAUGCCUCUUGGUUGUGGGGAGCAGAACAUGAUCCACUUUGCUCCAAGUGUUUAUGUUCUCCAGUACCUGGAUAAGUCAAACCAGGACAAUAAAGAGAUCAGGAGCAGCGCUCUGGGCUACAUGAUGGAAGGAUAUCAGAAACAGCUGUCCUACCAACGAGAUGAUGGUUCAUUUAGUGCUUUUGGAGCCAGCACCCCUGGUAGCAUAUGGUUGACAGCCUUUGUGCUGAGGUGCUUCUUCCAGGCUCAGCCCUACAUGCAGAUAGACCAGAGUGUCCUGACCAGGGCUGUGACGUGGCUCUUAAAACACCAGGGGCCCCAGGGGGAGUUCAAUGAGGUGGGCAGGUUGAUCCACACAGAGAUGCAAGGAGGACUAGAUAAUGGUCCCGAGGCACUCACUGCUUAUGUACUGAUGGCGCUGCUGGAAGACGAGAGCUAUGUGGAUAGGUACGCAGACAAUAUCUCUCGGGCCCAGAGGUACCUGCAAGACAAGGUGUCCAGUGGAGUGGCCAGUAACUACAGCCUGUGUCUGGUGGCCUAUGCUUUAGCGCUGGCCAAUAGUCCUGUGGCUGGCACUGCCCUGACUGAGCUCAGCAGGAGAGCACACUACAGAGAUGGGGUCAUGAUGUGGAGCUCCUCAGCUGGCCAGGACUUACAUGAGGGGAAGCCGCGCUCAGCGCAGAUCGAGAUGGCCUCUUACGUGCUGCUAGCUAAUUUUCGACGUGGCAGCUUGCUGGAGAGCAUUGAGCUCAUGAAAUGGUUGUGCAGACAGAGAACCCAUCUAGGAGGCUUUGGGACAACGCAGGACACAGUGAUUGCACUCCAGGCUCUUGCUUACUUCUCUUCCUUCAGUGGUGCCAUCGCCAUCGACCUCAGGCUCAAUAUAUCUUCCCGAACGUCUUCGCUUGUCUCAGAGUUUCACAUCAACUCCAACAACUAUCGGACGUAUCACAGCAAAGAGAUUAAUGUCGAAGAUGUAAACCUAACUAUAAACAUGGAAGGACGAGGAUUUGCAGUCUUUCAGAUGAAUGUCUUUUACAACCUGGAGAGCAAAGUAUUUUCACAGAAAGCCCGGCACGCUAUGGAUGAAGAGGCUUUCCUUUUGGAUGUGAAAGUCACUGAGGACGUAGACCACAAUCACAUGCGAGUAUCGAUAUGCACAAGAUUAAAGGACAGUCAGGCGAUAAAUCAAACAGGCAUGGCUAUAUUGGAAGUGGGCAUGCUCAGUGGUUUCAGUCUUUCUCCUGGAGCUACCACACCAGCAGAUAUCAUCAAAAAGGUGGAGGUAGAGCCUGAGAAAGUCAGCCUGUACCUGGAUUCACUUACCAAGUCAGAGGUUUGCUUCACACUUCCACUCCUUCGAGAUUACAAAGUGGCCCACGUACAGGAUGCUGUGGUGCAGGUUUACGACUACUAUGAACCUACGAGAAAAACAACAAGAACAUACCGCUCAGAUGUCCUGCACAACAUGAACUCCUGCUUCUUUUGUGGUGAAAACUGUGAUCGCUGCAGGCCAGGCAUCGCUAUCGCAGUGUCCUCCAUGCUGUCAUCUCACUCAAUAAGCAGCGCCACCUACAGUUUGAUUUGCCUGUUUCUUGGAGUGGCUUCUUUUUUUAUUGUAGUCUAAUUAGCUAAGGAACGUGUGUGAUAAAUAUACUUUGACAUCAUUUUUUAGCAUGUCCACACACUGAUAUGCACUGGAUGUAAAUGUUUUAGAUCCAGUGUUCUUUUCUAAUGUCUUGACAAAUGAUUGUAAUAUUUAGAGAGAGGCCUAUUUGCAUGCUGCUCUUUUUCUCAGUCCACAGGCUUUCCGCUGUUUACGGUGUGUUUUGUAUUGUUCGGACAUAAUGUGAAUGAGUAAUUAAUGACUUUGGAAACCUUUCUGUUAAAUAUCAUUGAUAUACUCACUAUAUUUUUUGGUUUGAUACAUGAGAAAAUGAAUAAAAUAA